AUGCAGGAGCCAGUUGCCUUAGAACCCAAUGCAGUCCCUCCCCCAGCCUACACACCGGUAAUAAACCCCGCAGCCAACACCAGGCGAAUGCGACGGAUUAUCUCUGAAGAUCCUGAGUGGAGUCUCGCCAUAGUCCCACAGCUCACAGAACUCUGCAUCCAGCAUAUCAUCAACAACUUUGAAAAAAAUUCUAUUUUGAACAGCCUCAUUCCUGAGCAUCAAAAGAAGGUGCUGGAAAAGCUCUCCACAAAUCUGCCCCUCACAGUGACAGCCAACUUGGUUAGCGACGAAGGCUACUGGAAACGGUGCUGCACUGCGAGGUGGGCUGUCUGUGAUGUGUCCCAGUAUGGCGGUAGCUGGAAGCGGAUGUUCUUUGAACGGCACCUAGAGAACAUCCUGAAGUUCUAUAUUCCUGACACAACCAGCCCCAACCAAGUCCUGGAUAUAAUCCCACUCUGCAAGGUGUAUGUGAGGAAGCUGGAGAUCAACCAGUUCCUCCCACCUGUGAAACAAGACCAGAAGAAGGAAGAUGAAGAUGUCUCUGAUACUGAAAGUGAUGCUGGAAUAGAUGAACCAUCCAUGGAUCAUUUUGAUCUGAGUAUGCUUGUCCCAGCGCUCUGCCACCUAGAGGAGCUGGAUCUGUCUUAUGGCGUUAAAGAUUGUGGCAUGAAUUUUGAGUGGAAUCUAUUUGAGUUCACCAUUCGGGAUUGCUGGUCAUUGGCCACGGCUCUCAAGAAGUGUCCAACUCUAAAGGUCUUCAAGCUAACUCGUAGCAAAGUGGACGAUGAUAAAGCCCGGAUAUUGAUCCGACAUUUAUUAGACCACCCUUCGCUGAUAGAACUGAACUUAUCCCACAACCUGCUUGCAGACCGGGCUGCCCGAGCCGUGGGCAAACUGAUCAACUGCAGCAAGUUGGUGACUCUCAACCUGUGUGAUAACAGGAUCCGGGCUCAAGGAGGCCAGGCUAUUGCCCAUGCCUUGUCCAAGAAUGCUGUUCUGACAUCCCUGAACCUGCGCCUCAACUGCAUAGAGGAUGAGGGAGGUCAAGCCAUUUGCCAUGCCUUGCUGGCUAACAGCACCUUGACAACACUUCACUUGGGUGGCAAUGAAUUGUCGGAGCCCACGGCCACUCUUUUCUCUCAAGUCCUGGCCCAGAACACGGCUCUGACUCACAUCAACCUCUCCUGCAACCACAUCGGCCUAGAUGGAGGGAAACAGCUACUAGAAGGCAUGACUGAUAACAAGACUGUGGUGGAAUUUGAUUUGAGGUUGGCAGAAGUGGGACAAGAGAGUGAGUACCUCAUUAACCAAGCCAUAAAGACCAACCAGGAACUAGCACGUCUGAAAAGCCUUCAGCGCCAACCAUCUGCACCUGCCCCAAGCAAUGUUGAAGAAAAACAUCCAGAGCUAGACUAA